GAUUAUAUGCCGCCCUACCCGCAAUCGCCCGCAGUCUCAGUUGGCCCAAGCCUCCUAUCAUUUUUCCCAGAUUUUCAGCCGCCGGGAUCCGAGCACCAGCGCAUGGGAAAGCCUCGAUCCAAAGGCGGCGGUGGAGAUGGAGAGCGAGGGAAGGGAAAAGGUGGGGGCGGCGGCGGAAAGGGUCGCGACAGGGACAGCAACACCGCAGCCGACAGGGACUGGAACUGGCGUGGUGGUGGGGGCGACGGAGGACGAGGCGACUCCGAGUGGCGCGGGGAUGGCGAUGGCGGCUAUCCGAAUCAGGAGGGCUUGCCCCGCCACGCUUCGAGGAGGGACCGCGGGGGCGGUGGCGGCGGCGGUGGUGGAGGCACUCCUAGCGGCGAUCGCGGCGAGCGCCGCCCGAAGAAGAGAGGCGCCCGACUCGGGCUGCUACGUCUGCGGCGGCGACCACUUCGCCCGGGACUGUCCGCAGAAGUCCGGCGGCCAGAGCCCACAGGCCCAGCCAGCCCAGGCACCCGAGAGACAGAUAUCCGACGACAGCAAUCCUUCGCUGCCGGAGGAGAAGCGGGAGGAGGAGGUGCCGAACGAGAACCAGGGCGUGACCGCGAACUUUGGCGCCCAGGACAUCAGGUAUCAGUCGCAGGACGUCAGGUAUGCGUCCCAGGACGUGAGAUAUUCCGACGACCCCCCCGGCCAGAGCAAGUCCAGCAGGGGAAAGGCCAAGGGCGGCGACGGCGGAGGCGGCAGGAACCGCAGGGGCGGCGGAGGCGGAGGCGGAGG